GAAGGGUCCACCCCAUGGGUGGAGUCUCGCUUUUUUCUUUCCAGUGUUGGCUGACUUACAGCUCCUAUAAACUAGUGGCAAUUUCUGCACCCCAGCCUGCUCCCUUUCAGUUUCUGGUUCCCAAGCCCAUGUGCCAGGGGCCGCCAGCAAGGAGGUAUGUGCCGUUCGUGCGAUUUCCAGGCGACUUCACCUCUGGGCGUGGCGGAUGUUUGUGUACACUUUCCUGGGUGGCGGACCUUGGUUCCCUCUGGAAAUAUUCUCCUGCGAGUAUUUAUUUGCCUGAAUCAACGCAACCCUGCGCCAUGGACCUCCUCGGGUUGCUGAAGUCUCAGUUCCUGUGCCACCUCGUCUUCUGUUACGUAUUUAUCGCCUCGGGGCUAAUAAUCAACACCGUUCAGCUCUUCACCCUCCUUCUCUGGCCAAUUAACAAGCAGCUCUUCAGGAGGAUCAACUGCAGACUGUCCUACUGCGUCUCCAGCCAGCUGGUGAUGUUGCUGGAGUGGUGGUCGGGCACGGAAUGCAUCAUCCAUACAGACCCCCAGGCCUACCCCAAGUACGGAAAGGAAAAUGCCAUCGUGGUUCUGAACCACAAGUUUGAGAUUGACUUUCUCUGUGGUUGGAGCCUGGCCGAACGCUUUGGGGUGUUAGGGGGCUCCAAAGUCCUGGCCAAGAAGGAGCUGGCCUAUGUCCCGAUCAUCGGCUGGAUGUGGUACUUCACCGAGAUGGUCUUCUGCACACGCAAGUGGGAGCAAGACCGCAAGACCGUCUCGCAGAGCCUGCUGCACCUCCGGGAUUACCCCGAGAAGUACUUUUUCCUGAUUCACUGCGAGGGCACUCGCUUCACGGAGAAGAAGCACCAGAUCAGCAUGCAGGUGGCCCGAGCCAAGGGGCUGCCCAGCCUCAAGUACCACCUGCUGCCACGCACCAAAGGCUUCGCCGUCACCGUGAGGAGUUUGAGAAAUGUAGGAGCCAGUCUGAAGGAAGGAGGCUGAAGCCCGCUGAACUCCAUGAGCCACACGCGCCCUUCUUGCUCCCAGACCCGGUGACCCCACAGCCACACCCGGUGCAGCCCGAAUGCCUGUUACCAUAAUGCCUCCACCAGCCUCACUCGCCCCUGGAGAGCCACACCUUUCCCCACCGGAAUGACAGGAUGGGGCAGAGGUCUGGGUUGCUGGGGGGUGGGGGGCCACCCCCCGGGCACUCCUGGGAGCCAGCCCCAGAGCCCCUCUCUCCUCAGCAAAGACCACCUCCAGCUGCCACAGCGCCCCACGCAGACCCCGCUGGCGGGCAGGCAGCAGGUCGAAGCUAAUGGACAGUGCUUUUCUGACCGGGUUUUGAAUGCUGGUUCUUCAUAUUCCCAACUAGAACCAAGACAUCCCGUCAUCCUCCUGCCCACUUUAUGAAGAGUAGCCGUACCCAUGCCAGGAUCUCGGUACCGUAUCAGGCGCACAGUCUCCCCGGCACAGUGUGCCAAGCCCUGCGGACAGUGGUGACUUUCGCCAGCUCAGCAGGCGUGGGAGGAGGGCAUCGUGGGUCCCAUUCUCCAGGGGAGCUAGGCUCCGGGAGGCUGGGUGGCCUGUCCGAGAAAAGAUCCCGCAGGCACCAGCCUGACUCCACAACUCCUGUUCCUUCUGCUGCCCCGUCCUGUCGUCCUGACGCCACAGGAAUGGCAUCUGUCUCCCCUCCGUAUUUCCCUCUCCACUGCUGUUCCCUCGGGCAUUCUGCAUCCCUCCCCGCCUCCCCCCAGUAAGCUGCAACAGUGAAUUCUGACAGCAAGCUGCGGGGUUAACUCACCGCCUGGGAGACGCAUUGAAACCACACGUUCUUCUUUGUUUCUCUGUCAUGUUUCAGCCGACUCUAGUUCAAUUCCUUAAAAGGUUCCCCACAUCCACUUCUAGUUUUGUAGCUAUCUUAUUUUUCUAGAGGGAGAAACGCUGGUAAAAUGGUUACACUGCCAUCAACUUAAGACAUGUCCUUAGCAUGCGUUAGAUUCGUUGACCUUAUUAUUGGUAUUUGUCGAAAUAUGGGUUCUUGUUGUAGUACGUCUAGAAGGGACAUCGCAGUAUUGCUUUAAACUGAUCUGACCUCAGUAAUAACUCUGUUCUCAGCUACUAAGUUAGUGUGCUGUCUGAUUACAGAAAGUGAUGUGUGUUCAGUGAACGCAUUUGGAUGAUAUAGAAAAGCAUGAAGAGGAACCCAGUAAUCCCACCAUCCUGAGAUACCCAGUUAGCAGAUUUCAGUAUUGUUUUCCAAUGUGUGUAUCUAUGGGUUCACACGCUAUAUACUGCUUUGUAUUUGUUUUAUUUUUUUAUAGUUUCAGCUGUAUAUGACUGUACACUCAAUUUCAGAAAUAAUGAAAAUCCAACACUGUUGGGGGUCCUAAACGGGAAGAAAUAUCAUGCAGAUU